GCUGCAGGGGCCGUGUGGCGGCCGCGGCAGGGCGGGCAUUUGGGUGAAGGCGAGAGCACGGCCUCUGGCAUUUCAGACACUCUAAGGUUCUUCGCUUCUGCCUGAAAUGGCCAAGCAAAAUUCCCCAUCACUAGCUGAGGUUGUGAAGCGAGUUGCAAAGCAGCAGCAGUCACAGGUGUCAGAUAUAGAAAAAAGCAAAACAUUGCUUUUCCAGUUGCAGGCAAAGUAUCAGGAACUAGAAAAAGAAAUUAAUUCUAUUCUGUUGGAAACGAAGACAACAGAAAGGGAAAUACAUCUGCAAAAUGAUGCCAUAGAAGUGACAAAAUAUCAGUGUGAAAAUCUGGAAGCCCAAGUCAGAGCCCUGUAUUCUGAAAAUUUAAAAUUGAGGUGUGAUGCAGAAACAGUACAAGAGGAGUUUGAGAUGAUACUUGCAAGAAAUAAUGAAUAUCGGGAAAAAAUAAAGGAUCAUAAACAUCUGUUUUGGGAGAUGGAAAGUAAAUUGCCAGUUAUGAUUGAACUUGCUAAAAAGAAAGCAGUUGUGGAAGAAUUAAAGGCAAAAAAAGAGGAGUUAAUAUGUGAUCUCCAGAGUCCAGAAGGAUCUGUUAUGAAACAAGUGCAGGAAGAAAUCACACUGUUAAAAAGCGAAAUCACAACAUUGAAAGACUUCAUCAACAAAAAAAGAGAUCUGCUGGAAGAAGAGAAUAAAAAGCAUGUUAAGCUUAGAAAAGAAAUAGAGGUACAGAAUAAAAGAUAUGAUGCUAUUUUAAAACGUUUGCAUUGCCAGCUGAACAAAGUCCAUUCAAAUAAAAGACAAUGGCACUGGAACAUUCAGCAGCUGGAGAAGAAGGCCGCAGAACUAAGAAAGUGUCUUGGAGUAGCAGAGUUACAAAACAUGUAACAAACUUAACAAAGCUAGAAUGCACAUAAUCUUUUACAGGCAGGGGAGUUUUUUCUGGAAAUGCUACAAAUCUUAAAUAGCCUGAUAACUGAGUCAGGCCUUAGUGAUUUCCUUCUUUUUAAAGUUUUUCUCACUUUCAUUUUGUGGCCUAAACUAAUAACCACAUUAAUAUAAUUAAAUAAUAAUUAAAUAUAAUUAAAAUAAUAAUUGAGCUGUUCAGGAAUAAGUGAACUAUUCAGAAGGAAAGUUACUGAAACUUCCAGGUGUUUUCAAAAUAUGUGUCAAUUUUAUCUAAAAAGUUAUUUGAAAGUCAACCAAACAAGAUUUUGGGAGUUCCUGUGUAUUUCAUUUGGUCUCUGAAGGUUGGGAUAUAUACUACUUUUCCUGCAGAAAAGCUAAUAUUGGUAUAUAUUUGUGCUCUUGAGAGACCAAAGUUUUUUUAUCUUUUAUCCACAUCCCUUUUUAUUGCAAUUUUCUAAGGAACUCUGAAAUCUUUGAUGGCCUGGAUUUUGCUCUGUGGGAAACUCAUCUAGAAAAUGUUGCAGUCUGCCAGGAUGUUCUGGCAUGGGGGACAAAGGGGCCAAAGGCUGUCCAGCUGUAAAAGACCUUGGAACAAGUACACUCAGAACUGGACUUCAAAUAGUCUGACUUCAACUGGUCUAAUAGAUGUGUUCUGGGUUGAUUACCCUAAACCAGGACAAGAUGUUAGCAAAGAGGAGUGAGUAGGUAUGAUCUCUGGACAGCUUUUAAAAUGGAAUAACUCACCCUCAAGAAACAGGAAUGUGUUACAGAUGGUUGAUGAUAGAGGAAUUUAUUGUCUAGAGGAUUUUAACUAAUAUCAUCCAUCUACCAUCUAAGUGAUUUAUCAUCUAAGAUGACUCAAUGUAAAUGACAACAUAUUAAAAAUUCUUGUUAAAAUA